AUGCCUCCCUGGAACGCGACCAAAGCCAAGCGCUUGCGCACGCUGCAGGAGAAGAAAGAGGCACAGGCGAAGGCGACACGAAGGGACAUCGCGACGCUGCUCGAGCGCGGCAAGCUCGAGACGGCGCGCAUCAAGGUCGAGAAUAUUAUAAAUGAGGAUAUAUACCUCGAGCUGCUGGAGUUGCUGGAGCUGUACUCGGAGCUGCUGAUCGCGCGGUUCGGGCUGCUCGAGCAGAACACACCCGAGCCGGACCCAGGCGUGAGCGAAGCCGUGUGCAGCAUCAUCUACGCGGCGCCCCGGACAGAACUGAAAGAAUUGCACGUACUCCGCGACCUGCUGAUGCACAAGUACGGCCGCGAGUUCUCGCUCGGGGUGAUGGAGAACCGCGACAACUGCGUCAGCGACCGGGUCCUGCGCAAGAUCAACGUGGGCAUGCCCCCGCCGGAGCUCGUCGACGCGUAUCUCACGGAGAUAGCCAAAGGAUACGGGCUGAAGUACUCCCCGCGGAAUGAUGGCGGCGAGGGAGGUGUCCGGGAAUCGGAGAGCGACGAGGUCGUGGAGGGCGAGGGCGAGGGCGUGAAGACGCCGCCGAAGCUGCCCGAGCUUCCGCUGGAGGAGAAGGACAGCAAACCCGCGCCGGCGGCGGAGAAGCAGAAGCCGCCAGAGGACGACUUUGAGAUGCUGAAGAAACGGUUCGAGGCGUUGAAGAAGCGCUGA